UGUCGACGUGCCCAAUUAUCAAUGAAAUAGGAUAGUGAAUAUGUAUGAUGUUAUUAUAUUGAAAUAAAACAAUGGCAGAGGUAAAAUCUAUGGAACAUUCAACACUUAAAGUUCCAUAUGAAGUUUUAAACAAAAAAUUUCGAAUUGCGCAGAAAAAUCUUGAUCGAGAAUUGGACCAAGUACAAAAUUCUUCAAGGGAUGUUGAACAAAUUAUUACAAGUACUAAACUGUUUCCAACAGUUGAUGAAGUCGGAGCGCUAGUUGGGAACGUUGUGGAUCGUAUCCAAAUAUUAAAGAGAAAAGCAGAGGAAAGUUUAUUGGAUGAAUUAAAUGCUGGAUUAGUGUGCAAGCGUAAGAUACAACAUUUGAAGGUUGUAGUUCCGCCAGAUUCUGAUCUGGGCUACGAUGCAUGGCAGGCGUCAAUAGACCAGUGGAAACGAAUUCGAAUGGAUCGCAUUGUAAUAGAACAUCUACUCAGGAGGGGAUAUUAUGAAACUGCAGAGUGCCUUGCAAGGAAGUCUGAUAUUCGAAGUCUUACUAAUCUUGAUAUUUUUCAAACAUCCAGAGAAGUAGAAGAGGAUCUCUUGAAACAUAAAACAUUAAAAUGUGUUUUGUGGUGCAUGGACAAUAAAUCCAAACUUCGAAAAAUAAAUUCUAACAUGGAAUUCAGUUUACGCGUGCAAGAAUUUAUUGAACUAGUUCGCAUUGAUAACCGAGUUGAAGCAGUUAAAUACGCAAGGAGGUAUUUUCAGAGUUUUGAAAAAACGCAGCUAAAGGAAAUUUGCAAGUGCAUGGCUUUAUUGGCGUAUCAUCCGAGCACAGAUACCGAGCCAUAUAAAACAUUAUUCAGUGAAGGACGUUGGAAAGACCUCGUUUUAAACUUUCGAAAUGAAAACUACCGUUUAUUUCAAUUAUCAACUCAGUCUUUACUCAGUGUUGCAAUACAAGCUGGAUUAUCAUCUUUAAAAACACCACAAUGUUAUUCUCCAAACUGUAAAAACCCUCAUUGCCCUGUAUGUCAAGAGGAUUUCAAUCAAAUAGCUAGGAAUUUGCCAUAUUCACACUGUGUACAGAGCCGCCUAAUUUGCAGAGUUACUGGUCUUCCUUUGAAUGAACAUAACUUACCCAUGAUGUUGCCAAACGGUCAAAUAUUCGGGCAGUUGGCUGUACCUGAAAUAACUCGAGAAGACGGUGCUGUGGUUUGCCCUAUUACAAAUACAAAAUUCUCGAAUCCAAAGGUGGAAAAGGUUUUUGUAAUGUGAAAAAUACAAUCUGUUUCAAUUUAAAGAUUUCAA